GCAGUGGAGGAGGAAAACCCUCCUCUGCCGGGCUUCUCUGGGAUGCUUUAACAUGGGUGUAGAUGAGUGCGGUGUCUGAGCGUGAGGGAGGACGGGGGAGGAGGGCGACGGAGGGAACCGCUGCAGUGCAUUGUUAGGCUGAGCACACAGAGAAUCCCCCAUUUUAGCUGCACGAUGCUACAGCAGUGCAGAGAAACCUACUACAGCGGCGGGAUCUCACGUUAUUUACAUCCUCGUCUCUCUGCUGCACAGGUCCGGCCAGCUAUUCUUCUUCUUCUUCUUCUUCUUAGAGGCGAUUUGAAGUUUAAUUUUGCAGCUUUUUCCUCCUGCAAUUUAAACAAACACACAUGCGGCGGAUCUUUAUUUAUCUGUCUCCCUCAGGCAUACUGACUUACUAACCGGAUCCUCUAAGACACUGCACUGUGGAGAGGGAGGGAGGAGGGUGAGGAGAGGGUGAGGGGAGGGUGAGGGAGCGAUCGAGCGGCGCAGCAGAGAGAGAGAGGAGAAGAAGAAGAAGAGAGUCGCAGGAGGAAGCAGGAGAAUGCUCAGCGUCUGGGCAACACUUCCACGCUUGAGUCCAGGGCCUUUGUGAAUACACCAUGGGAUGCAUCGGCUCCAGGAGGCUGGCGGCGGACGGGGUUCCGGUCCAGAAGGAUGGAGAGCAGCAUGGACGCUCUGAGUUUUCAUGGGAAGGAAUCAAUCUGUCCAUGGAGGACACCACGUCCAUCCUGCCGCGGCUCAAGAGGAACUCCAACGCUUACGGCAUCGGAGCUCUGGCUAAGUCUUCUCUGUCAGGUGUGUCAGGAGUAACUCGCACCAUGAAGGAGAGAGUAACCAAACCCACCGCCAUGGCUCAGGGUCGCGUCGCCCACAUGAUCGAGUGGCAGAACUGGGGGAUGCAGACGGUGGGAGCUGGAGGCCUCCCUCAGGCCCGCAUCAGCACCCAGGAGAGGGAGAAGGAGCGGCGGCUGGAGAACGAUGCCUACAGCGACCUCAGCGAUGGCGAGAAGGAGGCUCGCUUCGCAGCAGGUAUCCUGCAGCAGUUUGCCAUCUCAGAGGCGACGCUCCUGGCCUGGUCCUCCAUGGACGGCGAGAGUCCGCGGUCAGGAUCCAACCAGGGCAGCGUGGCUCACCUGAGCGAGGUCAACCAGGAGAGCAUCACCAGUAGAGAUCAGAUAUUGCACCACUCCUCAGCAGAGGUGUGGCCUCACACUUACGUCUCCCAGGGCCACUACUGCCUCUCCUCCUCCGACGCCUGGGAGCCCAUCAGCAGCGACCCCUCCGGCGUGGCGUCGCCCCCUGCUGGCUCCUACGUGAUGGGGACGGAUGGCUACGACGGCCAGGCGGCGGCCCACUUCCUGUCUCAGCAGCAGCAGCAGCAAUUCAACCUCCAGCAGCAGAGUCAGCUGCAGCAGCUGCAGCAGAUCCAGCAGAUCCAACACUACCAGCAACAGCAGCUGCUGCAGUAUCAGCAGCAACAGUCUCUGGAGCACCGGCUGCACAGCGCCAACCACUCUUUACAAGCGACGCCCAACAGCACCAUCCACAGCCUGGUGCACCAGGUUCACCCCCCGCUGGUGGACCUGUGGAACACGGGCCAGAUGGAGGCCUACCAGGCCGAGGCCGGAGGCUACAUGGGCGUGGCGGCGGUGGUGGAGCCCAGCCUCUGUGUUCCCUCCGGAGACGAGAUGGUGGGAACAGAACACUCACCGCUGCUGGAGCAACAGGAGGAGGAUGUCAAGGAAGAAGACGUGACACUGUGCGUGGAGCCUGAGUCGGCCACGUUGACUCCACCCACACAACAAGGUGACGCCUCCGGAGGCAGCAGUCCGGGGCAACCGCCGGCAGAGCCAAUCACGGAGCGGAAGGCCUCUGAUGUCACCUCGGGCCUCAUUCAGACACUAGAGGAGAAGGAGGAGGAGGGGCCGCCUGUCGCCAUGGCAACCAACUGA